AUGGCCUCUAGCUCCGCAGCCCCAGGGACUUCCUCAGCGGCAAGCGGCUACCCAGCGACCGUGAUCGCCGGAGUCGAUCCCGAGUCAGCGCAAGGACUUCGGAUGCGAAUCUCCUCCAAUCUCUUCGACAUCGACACCUACACGAAGGCGUCCGAGUUCGUGGCUCUUCGCUCCAUUUGCGAACGCCAGUCCCUCCGAAAUUUUCGCAAAGCACACCCUUGUGCCUCCGAUGAAGAAGUGGGACGUCGCUGGCUAGCCGAGCUUACGGGGACAGCCGUCGACAGCGAGGGUCGGCCAGCCAUCACCAUCACCAAUGCGGAGCAACGACCCGACCUCGAUGCAGCGGACCAGAAGUCCAACAAGCGCGUCGGCGAGUACCUCAACUUCAUCUCCAACCAGCUCGACAAGCGGGUCCACGAGAAGUCCCUCGACUGCACCUUCUGCGGCUUGCUCUUCCCCGCCUACUACCUGCUCGACAUGCUCCCCGACGGCGACAACGACUGGCGUGGACGAUCGUACCGGGCGUGCUACCAGUGCACAACGUGUCAGAACGACGAUUUCGUUUGGCACUCCGAUGACCCCCGCUUGAGCCCGGCCAAUCUGUUCGAGAGGGGCUCCCAAGCUGGCGACACCGUCGACUACUCGGACCGAGAUCCCGUCGCUGAGCUGGACGCCGACUGGGAGAAGAAGCCCAAAGGUUGGCAUGUUGCUCUCAUCACCACGAAUGAGUACUACGGGCGGUGUGCCGUUAGGUCGGUGUGGGACCAGAGCCUCCAACGAUGGCGGCGUGAGCCAGUCUUCCACAUCAAGCACGUCCCAGUCGAGUCCCUAACGAUCGCACAGUGGUACCAGGUAUGCCAGAAGGUCAACAAACUUCGACGGGAUGCCUACAAGGACCGCCUCCAGCCCCGAGCACAGACCUGGGCCCACAUGUGUCAGGAGAUCGAGGAGGAGCGCCCAGGGCUUCACAAGGCCGAGAUUCGUCGACAGGUCCGACUUCGAGUACUUCGCCUCACCGAGCAGCUCACGGCCGACAUCCUAGGAAUGCCGGACGACCAACGCCUCGAGAUGCUGCACCUCUUUCGGAUGGGACCAGUCACAGACCACAUGGACCAGCACUUCAUUUGUAGGCACCCCUCGUGUCGGCGCGUGAUCCAUAACCACCGCUGGGUCCGCCAGAUCCGGGUCGACGAGCCCAUUGCCGAGCAGUCUGGUCGAUACACCUGCCCGGCGUGUUUGACCCCCUACAGACCUUGGGCCUCAAAGACGAACCCCCGAGCUUCGCAAGCCCCCGACUUGGUCCCGGCCCAGAAGGCAUUGGUCGUGGAGUCCUCGAGCGCCGACUCCCCCGAGAUGGACUCUGGGGCCCAACGAGUUCAGCAGCCUGGUCAGAAGGAGUAUCUGCUCUUCCUCAUGGAGUGGGAGAAGACGGACGAGGACGUCCUGAUCGCACGGAUGAAGCAGGUGAUCGCCGAAGUUCGUUGGGAUUCGGCAAAUCGUGACGACCCCGUCAAGGCCCUCACCGAGGCGAUCAUCGAAGCGGGCAGCCGUGUUCGGAAGCUCCCGUACUUUGAGGAGGAGACCUUCUCCGCGUACAACGCCACCGAGCUCUUCAACCGCAACAUGUCGGCCAACACGAAGUACCGACUGGACUUGCUGCCAACAGCACAGCGCCCCAAUGCACACUUCGAUGAGGAGCGGAACACAUCUGCCUCCUUCCAGGCCUAUGACAUGCGGCAGUUCAUGGCUGACCCCCCCCGAUACCAGUGGGUCCGAUACGAUUACGACGGGGAAGAGACCCCGGUGCUGUCCCAGAACGAUUUCAUUCGAUUCGUCACCUUGUGCUACACGCGCCUUCGGCUCCUCCAGUACCUCUCGGGCGAGCAGCAGACCUCUGCCAUCCCCACAGUCGACCACGAUCAGCUCCGCGUGAUGCGCUCUAAGCGGAAAGCCUCCGACCUGAUCGCCUGA